AACCUUCUAGGAUUAUAUUGUACAAAUAAAAUAAUUAAAAUAUCCUUAUUAUUGAACCAUUUUGGUUAAAUACAUUUGUCAUUCACUAUUUUGACCAUUAGUAACUCAAUUAUACUUUAUUAAAUUAGAAAAUUUAAUUUAUGGGAAAUAAUGAUAUCAAUUUUUGUACAUUAUUAAAUAAAUAAAUAUGGUCAAAGUUGAUAUAUACUCCAACUAAGAUAGUACCGUAUUUUGUUAUUGUUCGUGUAAAAAGAGUUUUCGAACUUGAUAAACAUGAUUAUUAAUUCCAGAUAGAUAAUAUCUUGAGUUUGUUUGGGCAGAAAGAAACCACCGGUAUUAUUCACACUCCUUUAUAAACCUUUAAAUCAAUUAAAACCUGACUUUGUCUUCAAAAAGAAAAAAAAAAAAAAAUUAAAACCUGACUUUGUGUUUGUUUGUACCGACUUUGAGAGACGACAUUUCUUCUUCAUCUUUCUCUUUCUAUUUCUCUGUGACUUUAUGCGAAGGCUUGUUCAACACGCCUCUGUUUUACAUUCCUCCAAACUUAAAGAUUCUUGAAGAGAGGAACAUACUGCAAAUAUGGAGAUAUGAUUUUUGAUCAUUGUAACAGCAUGCAUUGCAGCUCUUCUUAAGGCUUUGGUUUCAUUGGUGGUGUCUAAAUCUAAACCAAAUAUUCCUCCGGGACCUCGUGGUUUUCCAAUCAUUAGCCGUAUCCAAUGGCUAGGGAGAUCAUCCACAGAUAUGGAGGCAGCCCUCAGGAGACUUUGCUCCAAAUUUGGGCCAAUCGUCUCCCUACCUAUUGGUCGAUAUCCUGUUAUCUUUAUUUCCAGCCGUACAAUGGCUCACCAGGCCUUGAUUCAUGAUGGGGCUGUGUUUGCUGACCGUCCUAAGCCUCUCCCUACUAGUGAGAUUAUUACUAGUAACCAGCACAACGUCAGUUCAGCUAGUUAUGGUCCAAAUUGGAGACUAUUCAGGCGAAACCUGACUGCUCAGAUCCUUCAUCCUUCCAAGGCUAAAGAAUUUUUUCAUGCCAGGAGUUGGACCCUUGAAAUCCUGCUUAAUAGUCUCAGGGCUUCCAGUGGCCAAGAUCAUGCUGAUGUUGUCAAUGUGAUGGAUCAUUUUCGCUUUGCCAUGUUCUGCCUGCUUGUGUUCAUGUGUUUUGGGGAUAAGUUGGAUGAAUUCCAGAUCAAAGAGAUUGAAGCAAUUCAGCACCGCUUACUGACAUCCUUCAGUCGCUUUGCAGUACUCAAUUUGUGGCCUUCAUUGACUCGGAUUUUGCUCCGCAGUCGUUGGAAUGAGCUGAUCAACAUGAGGAAUAAACAGGAAGAGAUAUUAUUUCCUAAAAUUAGAGCAAGGAAACGUCUGUUAGAGGAGGCAAAAAUCCCUGAUGAUCAGAGCAAAAGAUUAGUCAAUUGUUACGUGGAUAGCUUGUUGACACUGGAAGUCCCAGAGGGUGACAGCAAGAGAAAGCUGACAGAGGACCAACUGGUGAGUUUUUGUUCUGAGUUCCUCAAUGCCGGAACUGAUACUACCUCAACAGCCUUGCAGUGGAUUAUGGCCAAUCUUGUCAAGUACCCGAAAAUUCAGGCUAAGCUUUUUGAGGAAAUCAAAGGAGUUGUUGGAGAAGAAGCUGCAGAGAUCGGAGAAGAUGAACUGUCAAAGAUGCCUUAUCUGAAGGCUAUAGUAUUAGAGGGACUGAGAAGGCACCCCCCAGGUCACUUUGUUCUUCCACACACUGUCACCCAAGAUGCAGAGUUGGGCGGAUACACAAUACCUAAAAACGCAGUCAUAAAUUUUAUGGUUGCCGAUAUUAAUUUGGAUCCUGAGGUCUGGGACGAUCCGAUGCAAUUUAAGCCUGAGAGAUUCCUGACAGAAGUAGGGAGCUGCGAAGAAUUUGAUAUCACAGGAAGUCGUGAAAUAAAGAUGAUGCCUUUUGGUGCAGGCAGGCGGAUUUGCCCAGGACUCAGCUUGGCUAUGCUUCAUCUGGAGUAUUAUGUGGCCAAUUUAGUUUGGAACUUUGAAUGGAACGCUGUGGACGGUGAUGAGGUGGAUUUAUCUGAGAAGCAAGAGUUUACUACUGUGAUGAAGCAUCCACUCCAAGUCCAUCUGUCUCCUAGAAUAAAAUCAUAGAAUUUGCUGCUGGAUCACUAUUCAGAAAAGAUUGUCUGCAAUUGUCAGUCAUAGCAGCCUUAUCCUUGAAAUUGGUAAGCUUCUAUUUGCAGUU